AUGCUGCGAAACGUUUUCCGAGUUGCAACCAAAGCUGCUGUCCCAGCCCGUCGACUGGGCGGCAUCCCCGUCGACGACGUCCUCUUCGGUCUGACUGACGAUCAAAUCGAGCUGCGAAACAUGUGCCGAAACUUCUUCGAGGCCGAGCUCGAGCCGCACGCCGACGAAGCUGACCGCACCGACGUUUUUAAGGAUUUCCGAAAGUUCUGGCUCCAGUGCGGUGAAAUGGGCCUCCACGGCAUCACCGCUCCCGAGCAGUACGGAGGUACUGACAUGGGCUACUUUGCGCAUACUCUUGUCAUGGAGGAAAUGAGUCGAAUCGCUGGAGGUAUUGCUCUGUCCUACGGUGCGCACUCGAACUUGUGCAUCAACCAAAUCGUCAGAAAUGGAAACGAAGCGCAGAAAGAGAAGUAUCUGCCUAAACUGAUCUCUGGUGAGCACAUCGGAGCCCUUGCCAUGUCUGAAAGCGGCUCCGGAUCGGACGUCAUGUCGAUGAAGAUCCGAGCGGAUAAGAAAGGCGAUCACUGGAUCUUGAACGGCACGAAAAUGUGGAUCACCAACGGCCCAAUGGCGGAUACCAUGAUCAUCUACGCCCGAACCGACCAGGAUGCCAAGCCUGCUCAUGGCAUCACCGCUUUCAUCGUCGACGGAAACGCGGAAGGAUUCCACUGCGCCCAGCGUCUUGACAAACUCGGCAUGCGGGGAAGCCCUACUGGCGAACUCGUUUUUGAAAACGUCGCAGUUCACGAAGACAACAUCCUCGGCGGCAUCGGCCAAGGUGCUUAUGUCCUGAUGUCUGGCUUGAAUCUCGAACGAUUGGUCCUUUCCGGUGGCCCCGUUGGUCUCAUGCAGGCGGCCUGCGACGUUGCCAUCCCAUAUGCUCACGAGCGAAAGCAGUUUGGCCAGCCGAUCGCCAAGUUCCAGCUUCUUCAGGGAAAGAUUGCUGAUAUGUACACUACUUUGAGCGCUUCUCGAUCGUACCUGUACCAAGUCGCCCGAGCAGCUGAUCAAGGCCACUUCAACAAUGCCGAUUGUGCCGGCAUCAUUCUCUACACGGCUGAAAAAGCUACCCAAGUCUGCCUCGACGCUAUUCAAAUCCUCGGAGGAAAUGGCUACAUUAACGAUUAUCCAACUGGUCGAUUCCUCCGAGACGCUAAACUUUACGAGAUCGGUGCCGGAACUUCUGAAGUUCGAAGAUUAAUCAUCGGUCGACACUUCAAUGACAUGUACCGAUAA